AUGGCUGCCCCAGGUUUAGCAAGUUCUGAGGAUAUUCUCUAUUCAGAUUAUCAUCAAAAAUUCCAAUCUGCCGUACCUCAAAAUGAAGAAGAAUGGCUUUCACGAGCAUCAGAAAUUUCCCAAAUAUUGUCGAAAAACGCUGCAAAGAGAGACAUAGACAAAAAAUCUCCUCGACAUGAAGUAUCUUUUUUAAAAUCAUCGGGAAUGCUCAAAAUAUUAGGCCCAAAGAAAUAUGGUGGAGGUGCUAAGCGUGAUGGAUCUUUGGGUAUGCUGCUUGAGUAUCACUUGCUUUGGUCAACGACAGCAAAUGUUGUAAGAACAGAUGAGCAGAAAGAUCGAUUACAAAAGGAGAUAAUCGAAAAUAAUUAUUUCAUGGGAGGUACCGUUAACCCAAGAGAUUUGGAUUUGAGUAUCAAAUCAGAUGGUGAUCAUAUUGUCUUCAAUGGACAAAAACAAUUCAACACUGGUGGACUCGUAUCUGACAUGACAAUUCUUGAAGGUGUGUUGGAGGGAAGUGGUAAGCAUAUCUUUGCUGCGGUGCCAACUAGACAACCGGGAAUUCAAUUUGCCAUAAGUUAUAAUGAUGUUGAAAAUUUUGCUUUAGCAGAGUCCGGUAGCGUCAAGAUCGAAAAUGUUAGAAUUCCCUGGGAAGAUGCAUUAGGUUGGAAUGCCCAAACCAAGGAACCACUACCUCAAAUCCUCACUGUCCCUUUCGCAACUCUACUACUUCCUACAAUUCAAUUGGUUUUCGCGAACUAUUACAUCGGAAUCUCUCUUGGAGCUAUAGAAUCAGCAGCCAAGUAUACGACGACGUAUACGCGCGCGUGGCCUUUUAGCGAAGAUAAUAAGGAUAGUCCAACAGAGGAGUGGUAUAUACUUGAGCGAUAUGGCACAUUUCAUGCACAUCUGUCGGCAGUUGUAGCUUUAGCGGAUUCUGUGGGCAACAAGUUGACAGACAUAUAUGCGAAACAUCAAGACGAACGAUCGGUUUCUGCACGAGAACGUGGUGAAUUGGCAGAAGCUGUUGCAGCUGUCAAGGUUGUAGCUACUGACGUUAGAUUGAAUCUGACGAGUGGAGUAUUUGAAAUGACUGGAGCAAGAGCGACUGGUAAGAAUGUUGGACUGGAUCGAUUUUGGCGUGAUAUUAGGACGCACAGUCUUCGUGACCCUGUUGCUUAUAAAAAGAGAGAGCUUGAAAGGUGGGCAUUGUUGGGAGAAAUUCCCGAACCGACUUGGUACACUUGGUCAACUAGUUCUUUUAGUGAAAAUUGCGGAAAAUUUCACUUGAAUCACCCAGCACUUGAAACAGAUUGUGAUGAUGAGGAAUUACCCUAA